UAAUCGGUCCAAAUUUCUUUUAUUUGUUUUUGUUUUGGUUUUUUCCUCUUGAAACUAUCAUCAUGAACUGCGAAGUCUGUCAACUCGAAGAACUGAAAGUGGAGCAUUUCGAAAUUCGCGAAGUUUUGCGUUGCAUUUUACAUACGAUUGUGUUUCAUAGAGCAUUAGGUCUACUUCGGCCCAAAGAUGUUGAUUUGGAGCUUUUUGAAAUUACUUAUGUGCAAUGUGGGGAUGUGGAACUUGAGAAGAAAAUUGAUGAGAAGAUUGAUCAUUUCAUAAGUUGGGUGGAAAAACAUCCCAAUAAGAAAAGUCAGUUAUGCUUAUCGUUUUAUGAGGUGAAAAGCAAGCAGCCGUCUUGGUUCACUAACAAAACCGAACGCUUGUAUUGGGAGCAAUGGUAUGCCAAUUUGAAUGUGACUCAACACCCAAAACACCAUUCAAGCAAAACUCAUCAUACCAAAGUGGUCGUUGACCCGGGAGAGAGUGCUACUGAGGAGAGAAGUUCUCGCAGAGCAAUGGUUGAAGCAUCUCUUCGAGAGGUUCUGUUUCAAAUAAUAAAGUUUGUUAAUGAGAAGAAGGACCAUCUACCGCCUAUAUCUGAGGGUGUUAUCUAUUUUCCAUAUGAAACCACCAUACCUAGUUCAUCAUAUUCUGCAUUCGGAAUGGACAUGAUCAAGAGGAUGCUCCACAGUGGGCAUCCAACCAUGCUCAGCUGAUUACCGGACUCGGGUAAAAACUAUUCCACUACUCGAGAUAUUCUUAAAUGCAUGAAUAGAACUUGUAACAAAGCACAGCAAUGAUCAGAUGAAAGCUAAUGAGGCAGACAGGCAGGGUUUUUAAUAUCUGAAGGUAUAAUAGCAAGGUGCAUAAUUUGAAUCUAUCAGCUUGUAAAUAUCAUGUCAUCUAUUAUCCUUUUCAUUUUACUUUCUUGAGAUGCCAUCAUUCACUGUUUAAUCCUAUUACUUAAAAGGAACUUCUCAACCCUACGUUUUGGAAUUGGAUUUGUUA